UGCGGGACGCCGGCGGACUCGUUCUCUCGAUGAAAUGAGGAGCGCUCCGCGGCUGCCGCCGAUGUCCACCCUGCUCCGGCUCCUCUUCUCCCACCCCUCCCUCUCCACCACCGUCCAUGCUGUCCUGCUCAAGUCCUCCUCCCUCUCCAGUCCCAUCCCGAUCCCGGCCACUGCCCUCCUCACCGCCUACGCGAACGCGGGGCUCCCAGGCGCCGCGUCCCGCCUGUUCGACGAAAUGCCCGCGCGGGACGCCGUCGCAUGGAACGCGCUCCUCGCCUGCCUCGUCCGACACGCGCGCCCUACCGCCGCAGCCGCCGCAUUCCGUGACAUGGCCGCCUCCGGGUUCCCACCCACGGCCGCCACACUCUGCACCAUGCUCAAGGCAUGCGCCGCGUCGCGCGCCUUCCGCCCUGGCCGCCAGCUCCACGCGCGGAGCGUUGUCUCGUGCCACGGCGACGUAAUCAUGGAUACGGCCCUUGUUGAUCUCUACAUGAGCUGCGGUCUUGUCGAGGACGCCAUGAGGGUGUUUAUGCUCACGAAGUACCCAAAGGAUGCCGCACUGUACAAUGCUGUUCUUUCCAGCUGCGUGGAGAAUGGCUGGUUUAGGGAGGCUUUCUCGAUGCUGAGGUGGACCGAGCUCAAUGGAAUUUCGCUGACUUGUGCUCUCACAGCCUGCUCAGCGACAGCAAACUUGGCUUAUGGUAUGCAGGUGCAUUGCAAGGCUCUUCGUUGUGGGUUUGAUUCUGACACCAUAAUAUGCAAUGCACUUAUUGAUAUGUAUUCAAAAUGUGGGAGGACAGUCGGCGCACGGAUAGUGUUUGACUGGAUGGCUGGCAGAAAUGUGGUUUCCUGGUCAAGUAUGAUUGACGCUUAUAGUCGCCACGGGCAUGGUGUGGAUGCUUUAGAUUUGUUUAAGAUGAUGGAGAAAGCUGCACCCAUGGUCUUGCCAAAUGCUAUUACAUUUCUGGUGGUUCUGUCAGCCUGUGGACACUGUGGUCUUGUGGAUGAAGGUCGGUCCAUGCUACAUUUGAUGAAAAGCAAGUACGGGAUUGAUCCACAACCAGAGCACUAUGCAUGUUUUAUAGACAUGCUAGGCCGUGCAGGACAGAUUGAUGAGGCGUGGAAUCUAUAUUGUAGUUUAACUGCAAGCCAGAAUAAGUGUUCCAGUGCCAUCUAUGUCGCUAUGUUGAACGCAUGCAGAGUUAACAUGGAUGUCGUAAGAGGAAAGAAGGUAGCUGUGCGGAUGCUAGAGGUCGACCCACAAAAUCCUAGGAUUCAUGUCUUGAUAUCAAACUUUUAUUCUGCUAUUAGACAAUGGUCUGAAUCAGAUGAAUCACGGAGGGUUAUAGUGGAAAAGGGUCUCAGGAAAGAAGCAGCUAGUAGUCAUGUCUCUGUUAGCUAAAAAUUGAUUUUGCACAAAUCUUGAAACAGCUAACACUUAAAGUGUGGCAAAGCUUGGAAACAAUGGUGUCCAACCAAACAGGUCCUUAGUCCAAGUAAAUGCCACAAUUGGUAUAUCAAGAGUUUUAGGGCAUUUUUCUAAACCAUUCUUUAAUUUUCUUGGACAUCAGAAAUUAUUUGAAAAUUGGUGGUAUAUAAGCCUUAUUAAUGCCAAAUGGUGCAGAUGCAUCUAGCAUACUUGUGUUAGCAGAAAUAUGCCACUGUGAUCUUAAUAUUCAUUUGUGCAUAUUGUCACAUUUGUUGCCAAGCUCACUGUUGUGCAGUUUGACAUGAUUAUUG